CCUACGGCACGUACGAUGCCUCCCCCAGGCCGCGCGGUGGCGCUGCGGCGGGAGCAGAUCGCAGGGGUGCAGGGGACCCUGAGCGUGGCGGCAGCGUUCAGGGCUGCUGCGGCUCACCCACUUGUCACCCUGGCCCUUCUCUGCUUGGACGGUGUCUUCCUCUCCUCGGCCGAAAAUGACUUUGUCCAUCGAGUCCAGGCGGAGCUGGACCGCUUCCUGCUGCAGAAGCAGCUAUCCAAGGUUCUUCUUUUCCCCCCACUCUCCAGUCGCCUUCGGUACCUGAUCCAUAGAACAGCAGAGAAUUUUGAUCUUUUGAGCAGCUUCUCAGUUGGGGAGGGCUGGAAGAGGAGGACAGUCAUCUGUCACUUGGACAUCAGGGUACCCAAUUCAGAUGGCCUCUCUGGGCCCUGUCGCCCUCCUGCCUCCCACCCUGGCAAGUACCAUGGUCCUCGGUCUGCCUCACAUCGGGGAGCAGCUGCUGGUUCCAGAGGUGCUCGCAGUGGCAGGUGGCAUCGUGGACGCAAGCCAGACCAGCCGUUGUAUGUGCCCCGGGUGCUACGCAGGCAAGAAGAACCAAUGGUUCCCUCCAUUCCAGGGCUUGAAGGAGAGGCCCUAGCUGAUGGAGUUUCAGAAGAGCCUGGAAGGGCUGGUGCUGGGGAUCCUGAUGCUGAUCAGGGAGUUCCCGUGUUGAUGACUCAGGGAACAGAGGACCUGAAGGGCCCAGGUCCAGGCUGCACAAACGAGCCACUGUUGGAGCUGGGUGCCACUGAGCCCUCAGGGCCUGAGAGUGUCUCUGAGAAGGAACAAGGUGUGGAGAUAGCCACACAGCUGGGGUCCAGCCCUCAGCUGGCCGUGGAGGAGGAGAACAGGAGUCAGCUGGAGCAGAGCCCGGUGGCCCAAGAGACGGAGAAGGUAGAGGGAAAGGAGAAAGAGAAGAUGGUUGAGGAGGAAGAGAAGGUGGAUGAGGAAGAAGAGGAGGAGGAGGAGGAGGAUGAUGAUGACAAAGACCAUGAUGAUUCUAGUGAGCUGCUGCCAGAGAUCACAGCCAACCUGACAGAGAAGGAGAUUGAGAUAGAGAAGAUCCACCUGGACACAUCCUCCUUCACAGAGGAGCUGCCUGGGGAGAGGGACUUGGCCCAUGUGGUGGAGAUCUAUGACUUUAAGCCAGCGCUCAAGACCGAGGACCUGCUGGCAACUUUCUCUGAGUUCCAAGAGAAGGGGUUCAAGAUCCAGUGGGUAGAUGACACUCAUGCCAUUGGUAUCUUUCCCUGCCAGGCUUCAGCCUCAGGUGUGGGUCUCAUCACCCCAUUCUCUCAGACAGAAGGCUUGAGGUCUGUGGUGGUUACAGAGCCUCUCUCUGUGGAAGCUGCCGAGGCUCUGGCAAGGGAUUUCUCUGUACUCAAGAUCCGGCCGCUCACGCAGGGGACCAAGCAGUCCAAGCUCAAAGCCUUGCAGAGGCCAAAGCUCCUGCGGCUGGUGAAGGAGAGACCACAGACAGAUUCCGCAGUGGCCCGCAGGCUGGUGGCCCGGGCCUUGGGGCUCCAACACAACAGAAAGAAAGAGCUGCCUGCUGCCCGGAGUCUCCUGCCACCCUGAGGCCCCAGGCCCGGCGUCCAGAGUAGGUUGGGCCCCCCACACCACACGCCUUUACAGGCACCAGGACAGCCCCUUGCCAGUACUGGAGCUACUGUGGGGGUGUGGUAGACUUUAGUUGAUCUAGUCCCAGAAAUUUUGAAAAAAUAAAAAUUUAAAAUUGUUCUAAUGAUUGCUUCCAAGUCUAGUCUCAGAGGGACACUAGAGGGUGCUGUCCCAUCUCUCUCCAUCUGUUGACUGCUGAAGACCAGGUUACCUUGUCUGGAGGAUCCCAUCUGAGCUUUGGGGGCCUUUGUGCACAAGUGGCUCAUUUGGGGAAGGAGGUAGGUUGCACCUGCUCUAUGCCACCUGCCUAGUCUCCUGUCAUCCUGUGUGGAGCAGCUGUGGGUAUGGCUGUGCUCGGGUGUUAUUUGUAGGUAUGGGUUACUAGGAUUCCUUGCAGAAAUAAGAGGUCAAACCUUGCAAGAGGUGAGACCAAGUGCAUGCUGAGUUUUCCCACAGGAGCACCUGGCAGCAGCAGUGGGACAGACCAGUACCCUCUUCUCUUCUGGCUUAGGUGAAGAGUUGGAGGCACUGUAGCCCUCUUUGGAGCUUUGGCGUUAUUGUGAACUUGCUGGAGGCCAGCACACCCUGAACACAGGAGGAGCCUCUAAGGAAGGCUGGAGCCCCUGCUCUGCUGAUGCACACUCACUUCCUUGGGAAGCUGCCUUGUUACUCUAGUUGCCCUGACUGGUCCUGACUCACUCCUGUGUCCUUAUCAAGUUUCAGUGAAUAGCAGCUGUUUAAGAAAGGCCACAGUUGAUCUCUGCUGCAGUUUGGGCGGCCCAGUCUUUCUCAGGGCUGCAGCCUGUAGUGGAGCAGCCCAUCAGGUCACACAGGACUUUAGGGGAUUUGGGGGACACAGGGACCAUUAAUGUAGGUGUGAAACUAUAAACAUGUGACACUCCUGGACAUAGGAAGCUAUGAGUCCACGGCAGUGGUUCAGAUAAAAUCAAGGUAUGUAUCAGGAACCUUUCUCUCUAGGCUUUAAGUACAUAUGUGUGGUGAAAUGGGUUUGGUAAUUGUCCUUGUCACCCAGGACCCAGGUGAUAGCAUUACUGGAUCAAUAACCCAUGGUUGACAUUGUCUCAUCAUGAACCCAGUAACGUGGAGCCAGCUGACAAUGAACUGAAACCAUGAGCCAGAUAAGAAAUUUCCCCCUUCUAAAUUGUUUCCCCAGGAGAUAGUUUUCACAGCAACAAAACACUAACACAGUAGUACAUAGCUAUAGGCAAAACCAAUAUUGUACAUAAAAGUUGUGUGAUGGCUGAUCUUUAUUGUCACCUUGGUUGGAUUUAGAAUCCUGUAGGAGGCAGACUUCUGGGUAUGUCUGAGGGCAUUUUCAACUGAGGCGUGAAGACCCACCCUGAAUGUGUGUUAGCACCAUCUUGUGGGUUGGGGUCCUGGGCCAUGUAAUCAGAAAAGUCAGAUGAGCACUGGCAUUCUCCCUCUUUCUGGUCCACUGAGAUGUGAACAAGCAGCCUACUGCUCUUUUGCCACAGUAUCAAUCUUCCUGCCCUCAAACCACGAACCAAAAUCCUAUCUCCCUAAGUCACUCCUGUUGGGUAUUCGACACAGCGACAAGAACAGUACUGCAAGUUGGACCUGUCAUUGGUGCUCAGCACUACCACUGGCAGCCUGAAGAGUUCUCUUCCCCCUCAGAGACCCCCAGAUCCUUGACUUUGCCAGAGAUGUAUUGAGCUGGUAUGAAGCAGAGUUAAAGUUUAUUAAAAUGAUUUUAAAUAUAAAUUUGUUACUGGAGUUAAGAGGUGCUCAGGGAAAGAGAGUACACCUGAGAGCUGGACGUGGGCUUCUCACAGAAACUAAGUGUCUCGGUCACCGUACAUAGGAUUUUAGAGGCUUUUGAUGAAUUUCUAAGCUUCACCUCCAAAUCUCUCCACUCCCAACUUGUGUUUUGAGACAGUCUCACUAUGUAGCACUGACUGGCUUGGAACUUGCUGUAUAGACCAGGCUAGCCUCAAAUUCAGAUCUGCCUGCCUCUACCUUCAAAUUGCUGGGAUUAAAGGUGUGUGCCACCACACCUGGCUUUCUUCCCCUUUUUGAAAGUGAGGCUAUAGGGUGGCUACAGAGGUGACUUGGAUAGAUUGUAACCUGAUAAGGCAAAACCAUGUCCUGAAGGUGGCAUAAGGGUUAAGAUGUACUUUUUACUGUAGAUGGGGUUUCUGGUGAGAUUCCUAGAAAAUUACAAGUUUACAGCUAGGAAAGGAGAAAGGCCAUUUAUACUCAGGCCUUGCAUGAUUCAUUGCUACUUUUACAUCCUUACUUGAAAUAUCUCUAUAGAAGGAACACUGUCUUUAUGUCAGUAUUGACAGCAAACGUUAACUGACUUUCAGCUGGCAAGAGUUACAACCAGACUCUGGGUGAGGAGCCUCUUCCCUGUCCCCAUAAUCUCCUUUUUGUGUCCUGUCUCAUUACUAUACAAAUCUUCAAACAAACCUUUGGAGACUUGGAAUGUGUGACUUGACUACUGUAUUUAAAAAUUACUACAGGGGCUAAAGAAAUGGCUCAGUGGUUAAAAGUAUGUACUGCUCAUGCAGAGGACUGAAAUUCAGUUCCCAGCACCCAUGUUGGGUAGCUCACAAUCUCCUCUAACUCAGGGGAUCUGAUUACUUCUGCACUCUGAGGGCACCUGCAAUGUGCUUAAGACACACACACACACAUAUUUUUAAAAAUGAGACAAUUGAACAGAAUAGAGAAGUUGGUAUAAUUAGAAUAGAGGUUGUAAUAGUUAACCUUGAUUGUCAACUUGGUGGGAUUUAGAAUCACCAUGGAAACAUACCUCUGAAGGUGUCUAUGAGGGUGUUUCCAGAAAGGUUUAAUAGAAGAGGGAAGGCCCACCCUAAAUGGUAGCACCAUUCCAUGGGCUGGGGUCUUGGGCCAAAUAAAAAGAGGAAAGCAAGCUGAGCACCAGCAGUCAUCUUCCCCGGCUUCCUGUCUGUGGACACAAUGCGACCAGCCAUCUCACACACCUGCCACCACACCUUUCCCACUAGGAGACUCAAACUAUCAGCCUUCCUAAAAUGCACCUUCCUUAAGCUGCUUUUGUCACAGUAACGAGAAAAGUAACUAAUAAGGGAAAUUGGUGUCAAGAGUGGAAUCACUGAUGUAAUAAACAUGGUUCUUAGGAGUUUGGAACUGGUUUGAGGGAGGAAUGUAGAAAAGUUUAGAACUUUGGGCUAGAAAAGUCCUAGAAUGCUGUGAACAGUUUAAUGGGCCAUUCUAGUGGGAGUCUGAAAGACCGGAAUGCUGUGGGAAGUGUACACGGGGGAUACCUGGCUCGUGAGGUUUUGUUGGGAACAAGGACUAGAACUGGGCUAGAAGCCAUUGCUAUUGCCUGGCAAAGAAUCUAGCUGUAUUCUGCCUGUGUCCUGAGAACUUGUGUGAGCUUGAACUCAAAAGUGAUGGACUAAUUUGGUUAGUGGAGGAAAUUUUUAGACACUCUAGCAUUCAGCCUGCAGUAUGGUUACUGCUCAUUGCUCUUAUUCA